AUGAGCUCUUACUAUGGCAACUACUAUGGAGGUCUGGGCUAUGGCUUUGGAGGCCUAGGCUAUGGCUGUGGCUCCUUUCGAGGCCUAGGCUGUGGCUAUGGCUCUGGCUAUGGUGGCUAUGGUGGCUAUGGAUAUGGCUACUAUAGGCCAUGUUACUAUGGAAGAUACUGGUCAUCUGGCUUCUACUGA